AUGAGACCAUUCACACCCGCCAAGAGGACCCUCGGUCGUCCUACACCCAACUCGACACCCGUCAAGUCCAUUCUCAAACCCGUGUCAGUGCUCGGCCGCCGCACAGCUGAGGAUGCUGGCAUCGACGAACCCAGCGACGCGCCCAGCAGCCCAACGAAACGGCGAAAAGUGUUCUUUGACGAAUCUCAAACACAGUUCUACGAGAUAGGAAACCGAAAUAUGGAUGAAAUCAAGCGCGAAGUGAGGGAGGCGCUGGAGGAGCACCGGCGGGGCAACGACGGACCAUACGACACACUCAAAGACCUGUUCGCCAACGACACGAGGCGAUAUCUCCCGCCUGUUGUGGGGGAAGAGGAGGACACUCUCAAACCUCAAGAACUCAAGAACUACGUCAUAGCCCUCACGAGCUGCAUGCCGCUGUUGAAGAGCAAGGAGUGCAAUGGGCUGGUCAAGACCAUCAUCAAGUGCUCCUGGCUUGGAAGGGACAAUGAGUUCAUCAAGGUCUACACAUACUUCCUGGCGUCCCUCAUCAGCGCCCAGGGCUCUUACCUGCUACCUGUCCUAAGUAUGAUGGUCGAGGCGUUCAUGACCGUGCGGCCGUCCGCAUGGGCAGUCCCUGAUUUCCCAGAAAUUGGCCGGGAUACCGUGCGCGACAGGUUGCACAAGACCUUACGGCAUCUACUACAGAUCUUCCCUGCGGCGACCAGUGUUCUUGGACAUCUCCUCGGAGCCAAGUUCCCCUUUCCAAAUGACUCGCUCAAGGUCCACAUGUCCUAUGUGCGUAACCUGCUGAGGGUGAAGGAUUACGCGCCCGAGUUGCGAGAAGAAGUGCUGGAUCUCAUCCUCAACCGCGUAGUCAAAAUGGACUCGCAAAUGAUGGUUGAUUUGGAGGAUCUGGACGAUGACCUGACGGCCGCUGUGAUGUACACCCUUCGAGACAAGCCAGCGGAUCCGUCUCAGUGGGAGGAUGACAAUCUUGACGACAGCGACACAGAGUCGGUUGAUAGCGACGACUCGGAUUAUGAUGAGGAGGCGGCGCGCAUCAAGAGCGUCAAGGACAAUGUCGAAAAAAUGGACGCCAUGCUUGACACACUAUUCACCUACCACACCCCCCUUAUCGAGCGCGAUCCCGGAUCAGACGAGGCUUAUGCCGCGUUCACGACAAUUCUACGAGAGUUCGACACGCUCGUUCUGCCCACCUACAAAUCACGACACACGCAAUUCCUCAUAUUUCAUUUUGCGCAGAUGCACGACAGGCUGUCGGAUGGCUUCUGCGGUCAGCUCAUGUCUAUCGCGUUCGACAAGACCUUCCCAGCAGUUCUACGGCAGUCAUGCAUAGCAUACUUGGCUAGCUUUGUGGCACGCGGCGCGCACGUCGAUCGGAAAACCGUCCAGGCCAUCUUCGAUCUUUUGAUUGAGCACAUGAACAACUACCGCGAUCACUGGGAGGCCAGCUGCAAAGGGCCAGAUCUCAAGCGGUUCACGACUUUCUACUGUCUGGUGCAAGCAGCCAUGUAUAUCUUCUGCUUUCGAUGGCAGGAUCUGGUGAUGUUGACGCCUGACUACGUCGAUCCCGAAGAUCCGACAUCGUACAUUGGCGCCGAUCUGGGCUGGCCAGCAACAAAUCGACGCGACUUCAUGUCCCACAUCUUUGGGAAAUUCAACCCUCUUAAGGUGUGCGCGCCGGUCAUUGUGGAGGAAUUUGCCAAGAUCUCGCACAAGCUUAACUUCAUCUACGUCUACCCUCUUAUCGAAACAAACAAGCGAUUACGACUCACGCAAUUCAUGACUUCGUAUGCGACGGGCGGUGCGCUGCGCGAUGCCGGUUAUGAGAACGGCGAUGAGAGCUUGCACGUACUUGACCCGUAUUUCCCCUUUGACCCUUACCAGCUACCCGUUAGCAAGCGGUGGCUCGAGGGUGACUACGUGCAUUGGAGAGCGGUGCCAGGGCUGAACGCGGAGGAGGAGGACGAAGACAGCGACGAGGUGGAUGACAUGGACGACGAAGAGAGCGUGGAUCUGGAGGAGAACACGGCCACGGACAGCGAAGGUGAUGAUGACCUCUAA